CACGAAUACACUGCGGCCAUUUUGACCCGACAGAGAAUAUCCUUGUCAGGUUUGCAGACCUCUCGCUCACUGGGCGAGUUCAUAGAAUCGGUUACAAUCAAUGUGCAGAAUUAUACUGGUAUGUGGAAGUUUCUUAGCAAUGACAGUUUUUUGGUGAACUUGGUCACACCUUUAUGGAGUUUGUCACUAACUCGGGAGACUACUGCCAGGCUCAACACGUGUAAAGUGUCGCCGCGUGACCUUCACCCCGACACAGCUCGUCCAAUGGGUGCGGCCCGCUGUGUGCUCCACACCUCACCAUUGGCUGGCUAAACUCAAGGGUCCCUUGACAACGACCGGCUGUCGGCGGUUUUUGAAUGGGUUAAAAUAACCCGACUACCCGCGUGGACAACUUGUCACCAGUGUCUUUCUUAUACAGGUUUUUGUUUUCUUUAAUUAUUUUUUUCGUUGUUCCUGUUUUUUUUCUUUUUUGGAUGUUUUAUCUUCUUCGGAGGAGAGAGUUCCUGUGAUUCGUUGGCAAUACUUUUUGGAUUAUUGCUGUGAUUGGUGAAUUCACGGAUUUUAAAAACAAAACAAAGAAAAAAGGAAGAAGAAAAUCUGCGGUGAUUGGUGGCUUGUUGGUUGUUUUGAAAAAAAGAAAAGAAAAAGAGGAUUAAAAAAAUAUUUAUAUAUACACGAUACUUGAAUUAGUUUUUACAACCAAUACAACUACAAUAAUAAUUCCAAGUGGUUGGUGGUGGUAUUGUUUUAGGAUUUUUUUUCGUUUUGACUUGUAUUGUUUUUCCAAGAAGAGUGUGGAUUUACAUACGAUGUCAGUGAGCACGAUGAAGGCGAGACGUCCAGAGCCCUCGGAGAUCCAGUUUAAAAACAUGCGAUUCCUCAUCACUGACAGACCCACCGACUCCACCAUGGAGAAGUUCAUCCAGGAGUUACACAAGCGCGGCACGAAGGAUGUUGUGCGGGUGUGUGAGCCCACGUACAACACAGAGAAACUGCAGAGCGAAGGAAUCAGAGUCUUGGACUGGCAGUUUGAUGAUGGCACGGCCCCCCCUAACGAGGUCGUGGACGACUGGUUUAAUCUGUUACGGACUCGUUUCAAAGAAGAGCCGGGCUGCUGUGUGGCCGUGCACUGUGUGGCGGGACUGGGAAGAGCUCCCGUCUUAGUUGCACUGGCUCUGAUGGAGGGGGGUAUGAAGUAUGAAGAUGCCGUGGAACUUAUCAGAGGGAAGCGUCGAGGCGCCAUCAACUCCAAGCAGUUGGCGUAUCUCGAACAUUACCGUCCAAAAUCACGGAUGAAACUGAAGACGCAGCGCAAUGGAGACAAUCAGUGCACUGUGCUAUGACUAUUUUUAGAUUACGGGAAAUCCCACGUGUAUACUUCUCAUGCCAAAAAACUCUGACUUUCAAGCCAAUUCCACCAUUGAUGGAACUGGGGUUCUGGUUGUUCUUUGCCCCCUCUAGUGAACCCAUUUCCCCUCCACCAUUGAUACAGAAUGGACCCAUCCAAGACAGGGUAACGAAGUGCCUCGAGUCAUACUGCGCUACCCUCCAUUAGUAAUGAACUCUUCCCAACAAGACCUGUCGAUCAAGUGAUGAAGCUCUGUCAUUGUGCAAUGUUGUGAUCAAUUUUCUUUUGUGUAUUUUUGAACCGAGAUGUUGAUUCUCUUUCUCGGUAUUUUAACUGUUAUUUUUUUAUUUUUUUUAUUUUUUAUUUUUUGUGAUAACUUGGUUUGGUUUUUGGGGACUCUCCAAAAAUAUAGUUUUGACUCUCCAAACAUGCCACAUAUAUAUAUAGAAUUUGGUUUCAUUUGUUGUAUUUUUUCAACAUUUAAUCAAUGCCACAUUCAAAAUUAUUAAACUCAUGUGUGAAUGCAAGUCUUAGAUCUAUUCUGUUUUGUUGUUUCACCACCGUUGGAAAAGGUCUCACUGCGUCGAGAGUGGUAUUUGCAGUUGAAGUCGUCCAACGGGGAUAGAAAAUAAUGCUCACAUCCCAUCAUCCAGGACAAAGUAUUAAUUGUUGUGUACUAGUAUUAUUUAAAUGACGUUACCCCCCCCCCCCCCCCCCCCCCCCCCCCCCCCAGGCCAGAUGUAUAUUGAGGGGUGACAACCCAAACGCGUUUUUUUCUCCUCCCCUCUUUUUUUUUUAUAUUAUUCUUUUUUAAUAAAUUUUCUUAAUGUAACAGGGUGGGUGGGUGGGACUUAAUGUACUAGAGAAGGCAGGCCCUGUACGCAGCACCACCUGAAAUGACCAAAGGUCCACAUUUUUCUGUCAAAUUUAGAUAAUGUUACAUAAACAUGUUUUUGUGUGUUUUUUUUUCAUUGUUGGUUCCAUCACAAGGAAUUUGAACCAACCCCCCCCCCCCAGCAUUAAAAAUCCUUCAUAUUGGCCUGAAGGGGAACAUAGAUGUAAUGGAGGACAUACAUGGUUUUGUACAUAACGGUUAAACCAGUUUUUUUAUUGCCAACCCUCAAUGUGUUCCAAUGUGAUUAUUAUGUAGUUGUCUGCGGUUGAAAUAAUUGGUUGCCUGCUUGCCAAUGGCAACCUGGUUUCUGAGUAGGCACCUUCAGUAAAACAAAUUGCAACAGUUGCCUAUGACUCCCAGCUGAUUCCUAACUUGACUCACUCUGGGCCCUGGCGGUCAAUUGGUUCCUAAAGGUCUACAUUAUAUUUCAACCCCUGACUCGGGCUGAAUGAUACCAAGUUUUGUUUUGUUAGAACUGACCACAAAUUCUACACAUGUUGGUCACUUAGUUCCAUUGAUUGAGAGUGGUUGGGGGGGGGGGGAUGUCAUUUUUCAUGGCUACUAGAUUGCCAGACACAUGGAAAUAUUUCUUUGUUUCUACUUGUGUAUGUCUGCGCAUGUGUGCAUGCAUGUGUGUGGAAGCGUGCGUGUGCAUGCAUGUGUGUGGAAGCGUGUAUGUGUAUGCGUAUGCAAGUGUGCAUGUGUGUGUAAUAACAUGCAACCUACCAUUUUAAUUUUAUUUAGUUACUAGUAUUACAUUGGUAUUAAAUUUCAGUGUGAACUCUUGACUUUGAAUUGUAUUGUUAAUUUUUCCAUCUAAUUCCCCCUUUCUGAGCUUUUUAAAAAGUUCAUUCCUGUUUGUAUAUACUCUAUUCCAAGCACUGUACUUAAAUUAUUUUUCACUUGUUGCUCCGACUUCAGAUCUGGAUUCAUAUCGCCAUGGCAUUUUGAUUCAGAUGGUAUAUAUAUAUAUAUAUAUAUAUAUAUAUAUAUAUAUAUAUAUAGUGUUAGCAUUGGACUCAAUGCUUAUACAAAAUGGCCCUAGUAAGUUUUUAAUAACCUAAUGUUAAAUCUAAAAAUUAUUUGCACAUUUUUCGAUAUCCUAAGCACACAAACAUUUAGUAUUUUAAGUUAGCAAUACAUCCAGUUUGUCGUUUACAUAACUGAUUUAAAAUCCUGCAGUUGUUAAAUAAAUUGCCCAAAGCCCUGUUAAUCAGUCAUCCCUGUUAGUUUACAACCUUGUUAAUUACCCACACCCCUGCUAAUUGCACACACCUUUGUUAGUUACAACACCCCUGUUAGUUACUUUCACCGUGUCCAUUGGCUGUUACUUGCAAAAUACUUGUGAACUUUCUGUGAAAAGCUAUGUAACUGGAAUUCUGUUCAAACCAGGUGUUAAAAUUUCAAGCCCUG